AUGCGCUACUUCUCCACAAGAGGGGCUGAACAAUUGCUCUCCUUCGAGGAGACCGUCUUGACAGGCCUCGCCCCGAAUGGCGGUCUCUAUAUCCCAGAACGAAUCCCAUCUCUCCCCGCUGACUGGGAGGAACGCUGGCGCGACUACUCCUUCCAAGACCUCUCAGUAGAGAUCCUGUCGCUUUACAUAUCCCCCUCUGAGAUCUCGCACGACGAACUGCGCACACUGGUCGACAAGUCUUACAGCACCUUCCGCCACCCAGAAAUCUCACCGUUGAAGCAGCUGAGCGACAAGACGUAUGUGCUGGAGCUCUUCCACGGCCCGACGUUCGCGUUCAAGGACGUCGCGCUACAGCUCCUCGGGAACCUCUUCGAGUUCUUCCUCGUGCGGCGGAACAGCAGGAAAGGUCCCGGAGAGAAGCGGGAGAAGUUGACUGUUGUUGGUGCGACGAGCGGGGACACUGGGAGCGCGGCGAUUUACGGCCUGCGGGGCAAGGCGGACGUCUCGAUCUUCAUCCUCCACCCGAAGGGGCGCGUCUCGCCGAUUCAGGAGGCGCAGAUGACAACGGUUGCCGACGCGAACGUCCACAAUCUCGCGGUGCGCGGCACAUUUGACGACUGCCAGGACGCGGUCAAGGCGCUCUUCGCGGACACCGCGUUCAACGCGCGGCACAGGCUCGGCGCGGUCAACUCGAUCAACUGGGCGCGCAUCCUCGCGCAGACGGUCUACUACUUCCUCGCACACUUCCACGCUCGCCGCGCGCACCAGCUCCCGCAAGGCGCACAGCUCCAGUUCGUCGUUCCCACGGGCAACUUCGGCGACGUCCUCGCGGGCUACUACGCGAAGCGCAUGGGCCUCCCGAUGGGGAAGCUGGUCAUCGCGACGAACGCAAAUGACAUCCUCGCGCGCUUCUGGCGCAGCGGCGCGUACGAGAAGGUCGACUCCGCGCCUUCCCCUGGUGCGAGCGACGGGAAGCAGGCCGUCGCCGGCGUGCGCGAGACACAGAGCCCCGCGAUGGACAUCCUCGUCUCGAGCAACUUUGAGCGGCUGCUUUGGUACCUCGCGUACGAGGAGCAGGGCGCGAGCGCGGACGACGUGGCGCGCGUGCGGGCAGCGUGCGCGACGGUUGACGGCUGGAUGCGUGCCGUGAAGGUGGACGGCCGCGUGCAAGUCCCUACGGCCGUGCUGGAGGCCGCGCGCAGGGACUUUGUGGCUGAGCGGAUAUCGGACGAGCAGACGCUAGAGACGAUCAGAUCGUACUACGGUUCCUCGCCGUCCUAUAUUGCCGACCCACACACCGCGGUUGGGCUGUGCGCCGCCGGACUCGUCAGCCCUCACAACGCGCCGAGCACGGUCCAGGUAGUCUUGUCGACGGCGCACCCCGCCAAGUUCUCCGAGGCAGUGACGCGCGCGCUGGCGGGCGAGCCAAGCUUCGACUUCGCGCAGGACGUGCUCCCUGAGGAGUUCCGCGGGUUGCUCGAGCGCGAGCGCCGCGUGGAGGACGUGCCGAACGACAUCGAGGCGGUCAAGGCCGUGAUUGAGCGCUACGUGGGCGACGGGCGGGCGGCCGUUGAGAAGGGCGCGAGUGUGUAG